AGCGCAGCAGAAACAGCCGCUCACUUCACCCCGGCCACCAUGGUGAAGCGCGCGCUCCCCGGCCUCUCUGUUGCGCUCGCGGCGCUGCUGCUGAUUCCUGGGCGCGCGGCGGAGGAGUACUCCACCAAGACAGAACCGGACUACGAGUUUGGGGACUACCGGGGCAAGUGGUGCAUUGACGACCAUGGCUUCGUGUACAGCAUCGGAGAGGUUUACUACCCGAGCCCCACGGCGUGCCCCUGCACCUGCACCGUGGACGGCCCCGUGUGCGUCCGACCCAGGUGUCCCCGCAUCCACCCGCAGUGCACGCGGAUCAGGUAUAAAGCGUGCUGCCCUGUGUGUGAGGCCAUGGCCAGGGUCUGCGUCUACGGAGGCAAAACCUACAGACUGCUGGAGGAGUUCAGGGUGUCGAGGUGUGAGCGGUGUCGCUGCGAGGCCAACAGAGAGGUGUACUGCAGCAUCUCCGACUGCCCGGCCCCUCACUGCGUGAACCCCACCUAUGAGCCCAACCACUGCUGUCCCAUCUGUAAGACUGGUCCCAACUGUUUUGCCAGGAGCAGGGUGAUCCCGGCAGGGGAACGCGUGAACAUCGACGAGGAGACGGUGUGCUACUGCACCUACAGGGACGGAACGUGGCACACCCACCCCCAGGCCACCUGCGAACAGCGCCCCCUGCCCAGCUCCACACUCCGUACCCACACUGACGCCCCCAUGGACGAGGACGUGGCGGGGAGACUGUUCCCUAGACUGGAUCUGAUACCCUAAAGGAAACUGAGUGAAGCAGAGUUACUGGUCAGUUACAAACAACCCUCUGUUCUCAGUCUGUGGGACUCAGAGCAGUGAAUGUUUGGGAAUCAUGACUCCAGCCUCUGGUUCCUAAUGCUCACCAGCAUUCAGCUUUAUUUAAGUUACGUUUAGGUUCACCGAUAAAUACUGACAUACAUCCUAAUGAUGAAGUUAGAUCAAAUUAGUUACUAACAACAACAUCAUAGGGAGGAAAUGAUUGAAAGUGUUGGAAAAGUAGUGACAUCAAACUUUUUGUCAAAGUCCGAAUAAUUCCUG